AUGGCGAAGGACCAAGACCCUCCCUCGCGAUGGGAGUAUAUGGACAAAUUGCUCCAGAAUAAUUUGUUCAAUGAGCUCAUCCGGGGUUCGCCCUUUGGCCUCUCUCAAGAUUUCAGCACUAUCUUUGGUGCUCCGACUUUGUUCCGCAUGCUGGUGCAGCAUGAUCUUACCAGUUCCAAGUUCAUGAAUCUGCAGCACUGUGUGAGUGGAGGGGAGCCACUCAACCCAGAAGUGAUGGAGCAGUGGAAAAGGACGACUGGCCUGACUAUCUGUGAAGUAUAUGGACAAACAGAAACAGGAAUAGUUUGUUCCGUUUUCAAAGGGAUGAAGAUUAAACCAGGAUCAAUGGGAAAGGCAGUUCCCCUUUAUGAUGUUCAGAUCAUAGAUGAGAAUGCUAAUGUUCUGCCUCCUGGACAAGAAGGGGAAAUUGCCAUCAGAAUCAAACCUAAAAGGCCACUUGGUCUUUUCUCUAAGUACAUAGAUAACCCUGAGAAAACCGCUUCAUCAGAACGUGGAAAUUAUUUUGUCACGGGAGACAGAGGGACUAUGGAUGAAGAAGGAUAUUUCUGGUUUCUUGGAAGAUCUGAUGAUGUCAUCAAUUCUUCAGGGUAUCGUAUUGGACCAUCUGAAGUAGAGAAUGCCUUGAUAGAGCACCCGGCUGUAGUAGAAUCCGCUUCAAGCAUUUUAUUGAUAGGGGCCAGCAGCAGAGUUCCGAGCUAAACCUGAACUUUCCCAAACUCCAUUGUGUUCAGAUCUAGGAUCUGGCUGUGUUGCAUCUAUGUCCUGGAGAGUAUUUGAGAUCAAUGAGACAGUGUUGCAAACUGCAUAAAAAUACAGAGAUGUCCUUUAGAAGUUAUAAUGAUUUACCUUAUCCAAACUAUAGACCAAUACACCCAGCCAUGUGAAAACGGAAAGGCCUGCUCAACUGAUAACACCUCCAGAUACCACACUUUAAUAUAGGCACAGCUGACAAUGUGGGCCAUCUGAUCCAGCUGAUACCAUGGCCACGCUUUAUCAACAAGCGCUACCCAAUACAGAGGAAAUCAGCCUAGAUUUAGCUCCCCAGCCUCACUUCUAAUCUUGGCCAGGAGUAGAGAAAAUACUUGCAUCACCUCUGCAAGUCACUGACAGAAAGGUCUGAACGGCUUGCUGUUGGACAGGUGAAACCCAGUCAGGUAGAACAAACCCAGGUUCUCUGCCAUUUUACCCACAUGUGGCAGGACAAGCCCACCAGUGGGCUCCUUUAAUGCAAUAGUCAUCUAGAUUGUAUUACGGGUCAAUGAACAGACUUUCUGAAUGUCCUACAUGGCUUACUACCUGGCCCCAUGUUCCUAUAACGUUGUGUCUGUGGGCAUAUGGCCACAGUUUGUUACAGUAGCAUGUGCUGUAGAGUGCUGAGUUCUAAGGAUGUACCAAUUCUUAACUCUUCAUCACCAAGUGUUGCACUUCGCCCACUCAAGAAAGCUUAAUUUUCUGGCCUGUGAUCUUUCACUAGCUCACAAAAUGUCUUUGACAAUCAGCUGUCCUUCUCCAUUCACUAAACAGCAAGACAUUUUUAGAGAGCAGCACCUUCUUGGGAGCUGAGAGAAAAGCUUUUACACUCAGCAUCCCUAGAAGUGUGUGUCACACCCCUCUGCAGCUGGGUUUUUGUUGUGAUUAUAAACCAAG